UUAAAAAUGACUAAAGGUGGUAGAUUAUUACCUUUUUGAGAUUAUGGAUAGAUUGAUGGUUUACUUGAGGUAUAGAAAAAUAAUAGCAAUUAUUAAGUAUAUAGAAAUAUAUAGAUGUAAAAUGGUUAGUGACUAUGCCCCCUUUUCAUAUUUAUGAAGAAAACGGGCAUUCGAAGAUUAAGCGAGGUAAUUACGCAUGCAAGGAAGAUCCAGACAUAAUCCAACAAAUUCCUUGGUAUGCCGCCAUGUCCUGUAAAAGACAAAUGUUUAGGUAGGAAAAUUGUGAAGGAUUGUAGUAGAGAUCAAAAGUUGAGGUUGGACAAAUGAUGUGAGAAACAGAGUUUUCUACCUAUUAUCUAAUAGGUGUACUUAUAGAAAAUGAGACAAUAUCCCUUUCACCAAAUGAACGAAUAUACCGAACCUAUGUAGAGAAAAGCCACUAAAUGUGGCUUUACAGUUACAGGAUCAGUUUUCAAUUGCCAACAGAUUUGUCCUUUGACUUUUUCGAAUGAAGUUGAGGCAGUUGUGAUGGAUGUGAUAUGUUUUUCCAUGUAAAGAUUCCUCCUUUUCGGUGUCGUCAUCAUAAUUUUGAAUUUAAUUAUUAUAAUCAGCUGGGUUCAGGGUUUAGGAUUCAUACUAAAUGUGUUUAAAUCAUUUCAUUGUAGCAGACUUGACUAUAUAUGUUCUGAUACUUUCCUUGAAAACAGAAGGCAUGUCUUUCUAACUCUGUUGUUUUGCAUUCAGUAAAAAAUAUGUUUCACAGCUUCCUUUUCAUUAUAAAAGGAUUGAUUAGAAGAUGCUUCCUGAUGUUUGUUAGUGACUGUCAAAAUAUUGGUUAGAAGAUUCCUGAUAUGUUAGUGACUGUCGAAAAGUAAUUUAAGUUGAUUUUGGAUUCAAUUAUGCUUGAUUUAUUAUCAAAUCACAGCCUUUAGGAUUCUGAUUAUUUCUAAUGGUUAUGCUGAUCUAAUGUGAAUGACUUUGUAGUACUUUGAGUUAACUAUGUUUGUCUGCAGAUUGUUAGAUGAUGCUCUCCUGAUAUUUAGUAAAUAUUUGUUUCAGUCAGUGAAAAUCAGUAACUGCAUACAAAACAAGGCGAACAGGUAAAAUAGUUAAAUAUUUGGUUUAGUCGUAAUUGGGUGGAGAGAACAUGGCCGAACUUCUGAAAUUGUAAAUAAUCAUUACUGGUUUUUUGACUUGGUCAUCUUUGGAAUCAAAAUAUUUCUUCUUAGUUUGAUACUUCAUGCUGUGCUGCAUGUUGUUAUUUUAAAUGGUAUCCUGAUGCCCUUUGAAUUGCUCCAACCUUCCUAAGAUCCAGAAAAAGAUGCUGUUUAUCAGCUACUCUUUCAUAGUACAAUAUUUUUUAAGGUAUCUCAGGUACUCUUUGGAGGAGUACAAUCAGUAAAUUUUGAUACUUCUGACCUGAAUAUCCUCCUCCUCCACUGUGGAAGAGCUAUAUAUUUACCCAAUCUUAGUAAAGUGACAGUUUUGUGUUUAAUGAUGUAGGCAGUCCAUCAUAUAAUUACUAAAUUAUACACUAUUAUUGGAGAACUGAAAGUUGACUUUUCUUCCCCUCAUUUCCAUUGGUCACUAAGAGUGAUUGUGUAUCAUUAAGAUUUUAGACUUCUAUUUUAUUUUUGUUAUGAAUGUAUACUGUGUUCUUAAUUGUUCAAACUUUGUUGAAGAAUAUGUAAGAAAACUUUGAAUAAAUUGUAGAUAAUUUCAAUUACAGUCAUUAUCUGGUGCAGGAGCUGACACCUAAUUCCUCCUUAUAUCUUAAUUAUCUUAAAAUAUGGUUUAAUCAUUCUCUCUUGCUAUUAAGGGGCAAAACUAAACUACAAUAAUGUCCUCUUAAUAUGAGACAUAUUGUAAUUGCUUAGGGCUAAUGACCUCGAUGUAUAUAUGUCGCUUUGAAGGCCAUAUGACCCUUUCAGACUCUUUCCAAUGAAUAUAGACACUAUAUGCUUAUCUUGUACGCUCAGAAGUAUAUUUCUUAAUUACUUUACAGUCAUCUCUUUACUCUGUCCAUUUCCUGUGUAUCAAAGAAUGCAGAUUUUCUGAUUUUAAAACAUAAUAGACACUGAAUCACGAAUACAUUUAACUAUUUGCCCUUCUAUAGCUUAUUGUGAAUACUGAAUAGAGGUUAGGUGUUUCGUUUCAGGUUAAGGGUAAAUUGAAACAACUCAUCUCAUAUUUUAGGAUAGGUUGUGUAAAUUUGACCCCAUACUUAGACAUAUCAGGACUAUCAGGGCAGAGAUAUUGAUUUUUUCUGUUUACUCUUAAUAGUCUUAAAUGCUUUAAAAUUUACCAUCUGUUAUGUUUUCACCAAUACGAAGUAUCUGUUACUGACUUUUUUAUACUUAACUAUUUUCUCAUAACCUGUUCUGUUGAAGCAUAUAAAUUGAAAGAUGCAUGCACUUAAUCAUUUGUGUCCAUUUUUUUUUAAGUAGACUUUUUGGUUUGAUAUUCUUUCUUUGCCUUGUGAAGGCGUGUGUGAUUCCCAAUCAUCAACAUAAUAUAAUGCAGAAAAUCUGAUUCUGAAUGUUAGCUCUGAGUGCCUAUACAGUGACCAUUGUCUGAGUAAUUUUAUAAGUUAGACUGUCUUUGCUGGUUGAAUUAAACAAUUCUUGAAUACUUAAUUUGCAAGAAUCUGUUUGAGAUUUGAUAUCCGCUGAUUGAUUAUCUUUAGCGUCAUAUCACGGUGGUUGAGUAUUUUAAUCAUCAUUUUUUGGAACGACUUGUGUAUUUUUAUUAGCAAAUCUAGGCAGUAUUUGUAGGCAAAUGUUGCAAAUCUCAGAGACAGGUAGGUAAGGUUCAACACUUUUCUUGCUGUUUGUCCUUUAUAAGUGCACUUCUUGCUUUUCUGAGCUACCAAAAGACUAGUAAAUAAGACCCUUCGCGCAUUGCACACUGGCCCUUUCAGGUAUUGUUUAUACUAAUUGGAAGGGCUUAGCUGUUCAGUGAACCUAAAUUCUAAGAGAAGGAAUCAGUAUAGAUUAUAGAUACUCUUCCUAUAUAUUAUUGCUUUUGGUGACCUCACUAACCUGAAACGUAAAACAAAAAGCAGGGUCUCUAAUUAUUUAUAGAUUCUCCUUGUCCUUGUUGCUACUCUAAAGAAUUUGUGUUGGGUUAUUCCAUUCUGCUUUCAAUUCUCUCUUCAUUACUUUUAAACAUUUCAUUGUUAUUCCUCGUUCUUUGAGCUUUCUUAAGUCUGCUUUCUUCUGUAGUCCUGUGUCUGUUAUUACAGAAACCAUUACGAUGAAUGAAGAGGUUUUGAGCCUUAGCUUAGCCACUGUCGGUCACUCUGACCAUGUUGAGAGGGAACUGAAGAGGAGGAGGAUCGAUGAUUCACAUUCUCUGACAAAUUCAGUUGAAGACUGGGAGGAAAAGAUUUUCAGGCUGCUUGAAGAGAGACAGAGAAUGUUGAACAUUGAGCAAAGAGGAAAAGAUGUUCAAGAAGGUUCCGGUAUUCAUCUGAUUCAUUUGCUGCUCGUAGCAGCCACAUUGAUCAAAGAUAAUAAUGUCAGCUCUGCUGCUGAUAAUGUGAUGGAGCUCUAUCGAUAUGUGUCAGUAACUGGUGAUUCAGGGCAAAGGGUUGCUGCUUAUUUUGCUGAUGGGUUGGCUGCAAGGCUUUUAACCCAGAAAUCUGCAUUCUAUAAUAUGGUAAUGAGCAAACCAACACCUGCAGACGAGUUCAUGGCUUUUACUCAUAUGUACAGAGUUUCUCCUUUUUAUCAGUUUGCUCAUUUUACUGCCAAUCAGGCCAUAAUUGAAGCAUUCGAGGGGGAGGAAGAAAAUAAUAACUGGGCGUUACAUGUGAUUGAUUUUGACAUCUCACAUGGGUUUCAAUGGCCUUCUCUUAUGCAGUCUCUCUCUGAGAUGGCUACUGCUUCAAACCGGUUAGUAUCACUUCGUAUUACAGGUCUUGCAAGAAGCUUGGAAGAGCUGAUUGACACCGAGAAUAGAUUGAUAAGCUUCUCUAAGGGGUUUCAGAAUAUAGCUUUUGAAUUUCAUGGGUUGUUAAGAGGAUCAAAGCUCGUCAACCUUGAAAGAAGAGAAAACGAAACAGUUGCAGUAAAUAUGGUUUUUCACCUCAGUAGCUUGAGUGAUAUCUUAAAGAUUUCAGAAACCAUGACAGCCAUACACUCUCUAAACCCUUCAAUAGUAGUUUUAGUAGAAAGAGAAGGAAGUCAGAACAGUUGUGGUAUCCUCCCAAAUUACGUCGAUUCUUUGCAUUAUUAUGCUGCAAUGUUCGACUCCUUGGAUGAUUGUCUACCUCUAGAGAGUGCCGAGAGACUGAACAUAGAGAAGAACCAUCUCGGGAGAGAGAUCAAAGAUCUGAUAGCUUCCGAGGAUGAAGUGAAGUGUUCAAGAUUUGAGAUAAUGGAGACAUGGAAAGGAAGGAUGACAAGUCAUGGGUUUUCAGGAAUUGAACUGAGCUCGAAAGCAACAAUUCAAGCGAAACUUCUGUUGAAAAUGGGGUGCCAUUAUCAUCCUCAUUUCGAAGGGAACUCUGGUGGUGGCGGUGGUUUCAGAAUUUACGAAAGGGAUUGUGGGAGGAGUAUUUCUCUAGGCUGGCAAGAUAGAUUCCUUAUAACAGCCUCUGCUUGGCGUUGUAUAUGAUUCAUUUUUUUCUUGUAGAGCUAUUCAUUAUACAGUAUUUGUGAACAAUGUCGAAACGAGUUUGAACGCAA